AUGGAUGAGCCCAAGUACUGCCGAGCGGUGCCUAUUUUGGGCGCAAAACGCGUUGAGGAACUGUUUCGUGGUGGAGGAAUUUCGAGGGAGUGGACCUGCUUGACCCUGCUUACCGGUACCUCUCCUUUCCGCAAGCAGCUUGGUUUCAUGCGACUGUGA